AUGUCAGAAUCAACUCACGCUAUCGUCUUUGGCGCCUCUGGCCUGCUCGGCUGGGCGACUGUCGAGCAGCUGCUCUCUAACUACCCCUCAGAGGGCUCCUUCGAGAAUGUCACGGCUGUGAUGAAUAGACCGCUGUCGGAAUCCGACUCUUUCUGGCCACCAGCGUCGCCCACCAGGCCCAGAUUACAAAUCGCUUCUGACGUCAACCUUACUGGGACGCUGGAAGACCUGACUUCGCAGCUCAGAGGCAAAGUCGAUGGGAUCGAGGGCGUCACCCAUGUGUUCUAUUUCGCUAAUAUUCUGGCCGUUAUCACAGUCUUCUAUCAGGGCGAUGGGGAUGAUGUUGCCGAGUGCAAGACCAACUGUAGUAUGAUGCAGACGGUGGUCGAUGCGGUGACCACGUUGUCGACAAACCUCAAGGCAUUUGUCUACUCUGGCGGAACCAGAGGCUACGGGAUUUACACACCUGGCGGUACCUUCAAGCCCCCCUUGGAGGAAUCAAUGGCAGACAACCUCCCCGAAGACUACGCAAAGACCGUCGCGUACCCCUGGUGGCGUAAGAUCCUCGCGAAGGCGAGCGAUGGCAAGCCGUGGACCUGGUCAGAAGUAUGCCCAGACGCGGUAGUUGGAUUCUCCCCGAAUGGAUCCGGUUUCUCGUUGGCACUCCACUGGGCGCAGUACCUAUCCCUCUACGCCUAUAAUCACGGAGUGAGCAAGAACUCCGAGUCCAAUGUUGAAGUUUCAUUCCCUGGAAACCAGGCGGGGUACAACAGCCUUUGCACUCCCGUCUCUUCUCGGACUCUUGGUCGCAUCGCCAUACACGCCUCACUUCAUGGGGACAAGUGCGGUACAAAGGUCAUCAACAUGGCCGACAAAGAGCAGCCUACCAAGUUUAGUGACCUAUGGCCAUCGAUCGCUGAUUGGUUCGGACUGGUUGGUGUUGGACCGAGGGAAAACGACAAUGCAGAGAAGCCUGGGGAGUAUGUCAAGAAACAUAGGCAGAUAUUCGAAGAACAGGGCUGUGGUAGAGCUGUCACUGCUGGCGUUGGGGGUGGAAGUGUCCAGCUUGACAGCGUUGGGUACUGGUUGUCUUUCGAUCGACAGCUUAGCUUGCAGAGGUUGAGGUCUGUGGGAUUCACCGAAGAGAGAGAUCCUGUUCGGGGCUGGCUGGAGGCAAUACUUCAACUUGCAGCUGCGAUGCAAAAGACGGACGGCGCCCAUUUGGUCCUGCCGGUCCUAUGGAACCCACAAUGUCUGCACGGUGUUCUCUCAAAUUCAGUGAAGUAG